CCUCUCUCUCUCUCUCUCUCUCUCUCUCUCUCUGUAUAUAAAUCAAAGUGAUUCUAAUACUACAAGACCGAAAAAUCUCAGAUGUUAAAAAAUGGCGGAUCCAAGUUCUUCCGCCCCAGACCAUGGCCUGACUACUUCUUCCGCCGAUUCGAAAAGCAACAAGAGGGAUUAUUCCACUGCAAUUUUGGAACGCAAGAAGUCCCCAAAUCGCCUUAUUGUUGAUGAGGCUAUAAAUGAUGACAAUUCUGUGGUUUCGAUGCACCCUGUUAAAAUGGAAGCACUUCAGCUCUUUCGUGGAGAUACAGUUUUAAUUAAGGGGAAGAGACGAAGAGAUACAAUCUGCGUUGUUCUAGGUGAUGAACAAUGUGAAGAACCAAAAAUCAGAAUGAACAAAGUGGUUCGAGCUAAUCUUAGUGUACGGCUUGGAGAUGUUGUAGCGGUACACCAAUGCCCCGAUGUGAAGUAUGGAAAGCAAGUUCACAUCCUUCCAAUUGAUGACACAAUUGAGGGUUUGACAGGCAACCUGUUUGAUGUGUAUUUGAAGCCAUAUUUCUUGGAAUCUUACCGACCAGUGAGGAAGGGUGACCUUUUCCAAGUUAGAGGUGGAAUGCGAAGUGUUGAAUUUAAAGUAGUUGAGACAGACCCUGGUGAAUAUUGUAUUGUUGCACCUGAUACAGAGAUCUUCUGUGACGGAGAACCCAUCAAACGGGAGGACGAGGAGAGAUUGAAUGAAGUUGGCUAUGAUGACGUUGGUGGAGUAAGGAAGCAAAUGGCUCAAAUCCGUGAGCUUGUAGAACUUCCUCUGAGACAUCCACAGCUCUUCAAGUCAAUUGGUGUGAAGCCACCCAAAGGCAUCUUGCUUUAUGGGCCUCCUGGGUCUGGGAAAACCCUAAUUGCAAGAGCUGUAGCUAAUGAAACGGGUGCUUUCUUCUUCUUGAUAAAUGGUCCCGAAAUAAUGUCAAAGUUGGCUGGUGAGAGUGAAAGCAACUUGAGGAAGGCAUUUGAGGAAGCCGAAAAGAAUGCUCCAUCUAUCAUCUUUAUUGAUGAGUUAGAUUCCAUUGCUCCAAGGAGGGAAAAGACACAUGGAGAAGUUGAGAGGCGUAUAGUAUCUCAGCUUUUGACUUUGAUGGAUGGCCUUAAGUCUCGAACUCACGUGAUUGUAAUGGGGGCUACUAACAGGCCCAAUAGCAUUGAUCCUGCUUUGAGAAGAUUUGGAAGAUUUGAUCGCGAGAUUGACAUUGGUGUACCUGAUGAGGUUGAUCUCGAAAGAGUUGCGAAAGAUAGCCAUGGUUAUGUCGGUGCAGAUCUUGCUGCUCUGUGCACUGAGGCUGCUCUUCAGUGCAUCAGGGAGAAAAUGGAUGUGAUUGACCUAGAGGAUGAAACAAUCGAUGCUGAAGUACUGAAUUCGAUGGCCGUGACCAAUGAGCACUUCCAAACUGCAUCGAGUACCUCAAAUCCCUCAGCCUUACGUGAGACAGUUGUGGAGGUACCCAAUGUAUCCUGGGAGGAUAUUGGUGGGCUGGACAAUGUGAAACGGGAGCUUCAAGAGACUGUGCAAUACCCAGUGGAGCAUCCCGAGAAGUUUGAAAAAUUUGGCAUGUCACCUUCCAAAGGAGUUCUCUUUUAUGGACCUCCUGGCUGUGGCAAAACCUUGCUUGCCAAGGCUAUUGCUAAUGAAUGUCAGGCCAAUUUUAUAAGUGUCAAAGGACCCGAAUUGUUAACAAUGUGGUUUGGAGAAAGUGAGGCAAAUGUUCGGGAGAUAUUUGACAAAGCACGCCAGUCAGCUCCAUGUGUGCUUUUCUUCGAUGAGCUUGAUUCCAUUGCAACUCAGCGUGGUAAUUCGUUAGGAGAUGCUGGUGGUGCUGCAGAUAGAGUUUUGAAUCAAUUGCUGACAGAAAUGGAUGGGAUGACAGCAAAGAAAACAGUUUUCAUCAUUGGGGCAACAAACAGGCCAGACAUUAUUGACCCUGCGCUCCUCAGGCCAGGUCGUCUGGACCAAUUGAUUUAUAUCCCACUUCCAGAUGAAGCUUCCCGUCUUCAGAUUUUUCAAGCAUGUCUGCGGAAGUCUCCAGUUUCUAAGGAUGUUGACCUAGCAGCUCUUGCACGGUACACUCGUGGGUUUAGCGGUGCAGAUAUAACUGAAAUUUGCCAACGUGCCUGUAAAUACGCCAUCAGAGAAAAUAUCGAGAAGGAUAUAGAGAGGGAGAGGAAGAAGAUGGAGAACCCUGAAGCCAUGGAAGAAGAUUAUGUUGAUGAUGUCUCUGAGAUUAAGGCGACACACUUUGAGGAGUCAAUGAAGUAUGCCCGCAGAAGUGUCAGCGAUGCAGACAUCAGGAAGUACCAGCUUUUUGCUCAAACUUUACAGCAAUCUCGUGGAUUUGGAUCUGAGUUCCGUUUUGCAGAUCGUGGUGGGAGUGCAGCUACUGCUACAGCUUCAGACCCAUUUUCUUCAGCUCAUGCGGGUGAAGAUGACGACAAUCUCUACAGCUGAAAACAAUCCAGUGCACUUCAGGUUUGCUGUAGGUUGUAAAUAUAAUGUGGCAUAAUGUACUAUAGCUAGUGAAUGGAUGCAAGUUAAGUUAAAAUUUGGUUAUGAGUUACUAACAUCUUUGCCUUAGCUGUUUCUGUUAUGUGAAAUAUAAUCUCACUAAGAUCUUCUUAAUUGUUGUUGAAUAUUGUCAAUGUGACGGUAUGGUCCCUUUAGCAUACUUUUGCAAAGAGAGAAGGUAAUGGAUAAUAAUUUGGAAGUUCAUUUAGCAUUGGUUAGAUUCCUGAGCCUAUUUGUGCCUUCUGCAGUUGAUCUUGGGUGAACUUAGUAAUUACCUGGGGUUUACUGUUAAUUUUGUUGCUCUAUUCAAAUUGAACUUUGAUUAUGGUAGGAUCUGAUGUCUGAUGGUAGGAUGAUUCUUUAGAGUCCCUUUAAUUGUCAGUUUGUCUUCUUGGUCCUCUACUGCUGAUGUAGCCAGCUCCUGAAAUGAAAUUGCUAAAAAGAACCAUUAUACGACUUGAGCCCAAAUCGUAACGUGGACUGGCUUUGGACAAAUCCACCUUUCUCAACUUGUUAUGCUUUCUUAGAGUCGGUGUUGAAGGUAAUCAGUUCUUGUUACACAAAUAUUACCUCUCCCUUAACAUAAGUUUUUCAAAACAUUUGCUUUCAACAUACUACUAAUUCCAGUCUGACUAUUGCACAAAGUUAGAAUUGCUCAUUAUUGUAUGGCAAUUGAUUGCAUAGCAAAAAAGCAGAAAAGGAAAAGAAAAUAAUGAAAGCAAUUGAUAUGUUGCAAUUCUUUUAGUUAGUUGUUGGUUGUAAAACAACUUCUGGAGGAAGCACCUUGAUGUUAAUUAUGAAAAGAACAUGCAUGAGUAUGAUUUUAUAUUUAUUUAUGCAUCCUACAACUAGGGCUGAUAAUUGAGUCAAGUUUGAAAAUUUUGUUCAUUCAUUAUAGUCAGUGUAGCAUUAUUACCCAUAAGAUUGCGGAUAGCAUUAUGUCACAGUUGAAUCUUUUGUCACUAGAAUUAGGAAGCCUUGGAUUAGUUUUCAGUUCACUGCUCUGCCACUCUUGAAAGACAGCCAGACAAUUGCAUGGAAUGGUGAGCCUCCCUCAGAGCACUUUAGGACGGUUUUCAAGAGUAAUGGAUCAAGGAAUAGAGCUCAUGAGAUUAGAAGGAAGAAGAAACCAACAC